GCCGCGGGCCGGGCGGGGCCGAAUCUGUCGACGGCUGGUUUUUCGGCCAGAGGACUGGCUGCCCAGUUGGGACGCCGUCGUCGGCAACGCCUCGGAGGGCAUCGGCAUCGGCCCAGCGGAGGCCGGGCGGCGCCGCCGGGCGCCGCGACCGCCGCCGGCGGCCGAGUACGACUGCACCGACGGCUACUUCGGGUGGCAGCUGGCGUGGACGGCGGACAAGAAGAAGUGGUGCUGCAAUUACGAGCAGCGUGGUUGCACCACCAGCACGACCUCAGCGCUUGCAGUUGAUGCUUCACAUCAAUACGGUUCCCAGGCGACGCUGGAGGAGUCGGGCACGCCAGAGGGCACAGCCGCGUCGAAGCCCUCGAGGACAACGUCUUCGACCACGCCGGUCACCGCCUCGUCGCUGACCCAAACAAGCACUGAUACGGUCACAACGAAUUCGAGCACGAGUACAACAUCAACCACGUCCUCGUCGACCUCCACGACCCAGACCACCUCCACGUCGACCACCACGACCCGGACUACCUCCUCCGUGCCCGAGUGCGACGUGGACUGCUACCUGCAGGGCGCGCGCGCCACCUGCGCCCAGCGCGGAAUCGGCGCCGCGAAGCACAGGUUCCAGCGGGCCGGGGGGGACAGGUGCGUCGCGGCGGCCGACUUCGUGAAGGACCUGUGCCCGUCGUGCUACGCGUGCCCCCUGAAGGCG